AUGAAUGAAUAAAGGAAAAUCAUGUUGAAUAUACUAGAAUUGAAUAAGCGAUAUAUGGAGAUAAAAUUUUUAAAGUAGAAUUUUGUGAUGAUGGAAAUGAUAUUCAAUAUGAUGGAUUCUUUAAAUACCAUUAUAGUUGUGAUCUCUAUUGUUUAUAAUGUGUAUUUGGCUUCUGUUAUUUAUGUAAAGAAGGAUUUAUAAUAAAUGAAGAUUCAUAAACUUGAUAACCUUAUUGUGAAGAGGGUAAAGUAAUCCCUCUUACUUAAGGAGAAUGUGAUGAUAGGAAUUAAGAUCCAAAAGAUGGAUUUGAUUAAUGCAAAUUUGCAUGUCUACCUCAUUGCUUAACUUGUCAUAGUAUAUUUUGAAAAUAAUAAUCAAUUUACUAUAACAUACUGUUUUCAAUGUGAAAUAGGGUUUGAAAAUCAAGAGGAAAUAUGUGUUUCAAUUUGUGGAGAUGGUAUUUUAAUAUAAGAAUGA